CGUUUAUGUCAAUUGCACGUGUAUUUUGUAUGUUCUAAAUAAUAUAAAUAUAUUUUAUAUCAUUUAUUAAGUUUCAAUGUCACGUCUUAUAGUGAAAAAUUUGCCCAAUAAGGUAACCUCAGAUAGGCUUAAAGAAAUUUUCAGCGAAAAAGGAGAAGUUACUGAUAUUCAGUUAAAAUAUACUAAAAAUGGCAAAUUCAGAAACUUUGCUUUCAUUGGUUACCGAAAUGAACAGCAAGCAACAGCAGCUUUGGACUAUUUUAAUGGUACAUGCAUUAAUUCCAUGAAAAUAGACAUACAAGUUUGUGCAAAUUUAGGAGAUGAAAGAAAACCACGAGCAUGGAGUAAAUAUGCACCGGACAGCACUGCAUACAAAAAAUUACAUAAAGAUGAAUUUCAACACCAAUCUGAAGAAAAGAAAAAUAAGAAAGUAGAAAAAAAUAAGAAUAAAAUUAAAGAAUUACUUAAAAAGCAUAAAGAUGACCCUCUAUUUGCUGAGUUUAUUGAUGCACAUACCAAUGACAAAACAGCUUGGUUAAAAGAAACAUACCAAAAAGUUGCUAGAAGUGAAGAUGAGGACAGUGGAGUUGAAGAGGAAGGUGAUAAAACAACCACAAAUGAGAAUACAGAAGCUAAAGCAGAACUAAAUAAUAAAAUUACUAAAAUUGAAGAAAAAAAUGCAAAUAAAAACAUUAGUGAUUUAGAGUAUAUGAAAUUACUCAUGAAAAAAGUACAAAACACAGAUCAAGAUGCACAAGAGCCAGAUGUCCAGACCCCUAAAAAAAUUAGAAAUAGACCAUUAUUUCACAUAAAAAUAACUGGUCUACCAUUCAAAUGCAAGAAAAAAGAUAUAAAGGAGUUCUUCAAACCUCUAGUACCAUACUCAAUAAGAUUACCUUUUGGCAAAGAAAAAAAAAUGGCUGGGUUCUGUUAUGUUGGUUUUAGAACAGAAGCAGAAUUGAAAAAAGCUCUUAAUAAAGAUAAACUCUUUCUGGGAAAACAUCGUUUACAUGUACAUAAGUUUGAAGAUAAAGCUAAAAAAGCAUCAGAGGAAGAAGAAGAAGCAUUUAAAAAGAAAAAGCAAGAGCAACAAAAUAAUGGAGAAAGCAUUGGUGAGAGUGGGAGGAUUUUUGUCCGUAACCUUGCUUAUGUGGUAUCUGAACAGGAGGUGACCGAUCUGUUUGAGAAAUAUGGUCCACUGACUGAAGUGAACAUGCCCAUAGACCCGGUACUGCGUCAGCCUAAAGGAUUUGCAACCGUGACAUUCAUGAUACCCGAACAUGCUGUCAAAGCAUACACAGAAUUGGAUGGGACUAGUUUUUGUGGCAGAAUGUUGCACCUAUUACCUGCUAAAACUGAAAAAUUGGAGAAUGAAAGUGAUGAUGAAGGUUUAUCAUUCAAGGAAAAGAAAGCAAAGAAACUAAAAGCGCAGGCUAAGUCAUCGCACAACUGGAACGUCCUGUUCUUGGGUGUAAACGCGGUUGCGGACGUGAUAGCUGCCAAUUACAACACUAGCAAGGAACAAUUAUUAAAUGAUAAUAAUAAAAAUACCAGUGCUGCAGUAAGAUUAGCAUUAGGAGAAACACAAUUAGUUGCAGAAACAAGGAACUUUCUCGAAACUAAUGGAGUGUAUUUAGAAGUUUUCAACAAGCCUGCGAAAAGAAGAUCAAAAACUUGUAUUAUAGUGAAAAACUUACCGGCCAAUACAGAUAAAGACGAAUUGAAAGAAUUAUUUGAGAAACAUGGUCACAUAUCACGAUUUUUAAUUCCAAAGCAUGGCAUUACCGCAUUAGUAGAUUUUGUUGAACCAUUUGAAGCCAAAAAGGCGUUUAGUAAAUUAGCGUAUUCACAAUUCAAAAGUGCACCUUUAUAUUUGGAAUGGGCGCCGGAAAAUGUAUUUGUUAAACCUAAAAAACAAGCUGAAUCGAAUUUACCUGAUACUAGUACGGAACCAAGUGUUAUAGAUAAUGUUACUACAAGCAAACCAGACGAUAAGUCACAAAAAACUGUAGAAAGUAAACACAGCAAGCAGAGUCAACCAAUGAAAGAUGAAGUUAAGACUCAUGAGACUAUCGAUAAUACACCAGAGCCAGAAAUAAAUACUACAUUGUUUAUUAAAAAUUUGAACUUUAAGACUACUGAAGAUACUUUGAAAUCGCAUUUCUCGGAAUGUGGAAAAAUUCAUAGCAUCACAAUUGCUAAAAAAAAGGAUCCUAAACAUCCAGGACAAUUAUUAUCAAUGGGAUAUGGUUUCGUUCAAUUUUAUAAGCAACAGGAUUUAAACGAGGCAUUAAAAUUACUACAGCAUUCUACACUAGACGGUAAAACGUUGGAAUUGAAGCGUUCAGAGAGAGGAAACACGAUCGAAGACAAAACAUCCAAAAAGACUAAUAAAGCAACGAUACAAAAUGGUACAAAGCUACUUGUUCGAAAUGUACCAUUUCAAGCUAACAGGAAUGAACUCCAUGAAAUAUUCAGGGCAUUCGGCGAGAUAAAAACACUGAGACUACCGAAAAAACUGUCACCUGGUUCAGAUCAACAUAGAGGUUUUGCUUUUGUAGAUUACUACUCUAAAGCAGAUGCCAAGAGCGCAUUCGAAGCGUUAUGUCAAUCUACUCAUCUCUACGGUAGGAGAUUAGUGUUAGAGUGGGCAGACCAAGCCGACGAGAAUGAAGAUAUAGACGCAUUGAGGAAAAGAACGGCUCAGGCGUUCAAUGCCAAAUCUCCAGGCGGAAAGAAAUCUAAAAAAGCAGCGGUGGACGUCGAGACUUUUGUGGAUGGUGAAGCAUAAAUAAUAUAACACCAAUGUAAAUGAAGCAAGUAUACUGUUACUGAUCGAAUUUUUAGAAAGAACCAACAACAGGUUCGGAUGCUUAAAAA